CCGCGCGGUUGACUCAGCGCUUCCCCGGGCCGGUCAAGUUCGGACACGUUCCGCGGGCGCGGCCGGAGCUAAGCCCCGGCUUGUCUCCAGCGGGGCCAUUUAAACGGCGCCCGCCCAGCUGGCCGCGCUGGCCGCCCGAGAUAGGUCCCCGCGCUCCGGGGUAGAGCCCUGACCCCGUACCGGCCAGGCAGAUGUGCAAUACCAACAUGUCUGUGUCCACUGAUGGUGCAGUAAGCACCGCGCAGAUCCCAGCUGCGGAGCAGGAGACCCUGGUUAGACCAAAGCCAUUGCUUCUGAAGUUGUUGAAGUCUGUCGGUGCACAAAAGGACACUUAUACUAUGAAAGAGGUGAUCUUCUACCUUGGCCAGUAUAUCAUGACUAAGCGGCUGUACGACGAGAGGCAGCAGCACAUGGUGUACUGCUCCAACGAUCUGCUGGGGGACCUGUUCGGCGUGCCCAGCUUCUCUGUGAAAGAACACAGGAAAAUAUAUACGAUGAUCUACAGAAACUUGGUGGUCGUCAAUCAGCCGGAACCAUCAGAUUCAGGCACAUCUGUGAGUGAAAACAGUUGUCCCCUUGAAGGUGGGAGUGAUCAAAAGGCCGCUGUGCAGGAGCUGCAGGAAGAGAAGCCGUCGUCUUCGGCUUUGGUGUCUAGGCCGCCCACGUCAUCUAGGAGGAGAGCCAUCAGUGAGACGGAAGAAAACUCCGACGAGUUGCCUGGUGAGCGGCAGAGGAAGCGCCACAAGUCCGACAGCGUCUCGCUGUCCUUCGACGAGGGCCUCGCGCUGUGUGUCAUCCGGGAGAUCUGCUGCGACGGCGGCAGCAGCAGCGAGUCAGCCGGGACGCCGUCCGAUCCGGAUCUGGAUGCUGGCGUCAGUGAACGCUCAGGUGACUGGUUGGAUCAGGAUUCCGUUUCAGACCAGUUCAGUGUGGAAUUUGAAGUGGAGUCGCUCGAUUCGGAAGAUUACAGCCUCAGCGAGGAGGGGCAGGAGCCCUCGGAUGACGAUGACGAGGUAUAUCGAGUGACUGUGUAUCAGGCAGAGGAGAGCGAUACAGAUUCAUUUGAAGAAGAUCCUGAAAUCUCCUUAGCUGACUACUGGAAGUGCACUUCCUGCGGCGAGACGAACCCCCCGCUGCCGUCACACUGCAGCAGGUGCUGGGCCCUUCGUGAGAGCUGGCUUCCUGAAGGCAAAGCAAAGGCCCCUGGGAGCGGGAGCGGGAUCGUGGCCCCGGAAGGCUCCGGCCCCGGGGAGGAGGGCGUUGAUGUCCCCGACUGCAGGAAGACCGAGGGGGGCCAUCCCAGGGAAGCGUGCACUGAGGAUGACGACGCUGCUGCCGCCCAGGCAUCCCAGUCCCAGGAGAGUGAGGGCUGCUCCCAGCCGCCAGCUUCCACCAGCGGGGCUCACAGCAGCCAGGAAGGCCCCGGCGAGCUGGAGAGGGAAGACGCACCCGACAAGGAGGAAAGCGUGGAGGCCAGCCUGCCCCUCAACGCCACUGAGCCGUGUGUGAUUUGCCAAGGUCGACCAAAGAAUGGGUGCAUCGUCCACGGCAAAACAGGGCACCUCAUGGCGUGCUUCACGUGCGCGAAGAAGCUGAAGAGGAGGAACAAGCCGUGCCCCGUGUGCAGGCAGCCCAUUCAGAUGAUCGUGCUGACCUACUUCCCCUAGCGGGGCUGGCCCUGAAAGUAGACUUACACAGUUCUAACUGUGUAGCCCGAAGCAUUUAGACAUGAAAUUCAUUUUUAUUUUUUUACAUAUAUCAAAGUGGGGACCUAUCUUGGUGCAUGUAGAUUUCUUCUCUGCAGUGUAAUUUACCUGUCUUAGCAGGGGGAAUAGAGAAUAUUUACUUCCUUUUAGGAAAAUUUCACUUCUGUUUAUAUUUUAUAUUUGGGUUUUAAUGUAAGUUGAGUUAGAUAUAUAGCUCAUCAUUUACCCCACCCCUAUUUUAAAUAAUUUCCACUUUCUCUUAAAUGAGCAGGAGCCAAUCCUUAGAAAAUAUAAGUAGGACAUUUAAACGUAAUUUAUUUAGUGCCUCUCAUGUAAGGAGAAAAAGUUAUUAUGAAAGAUAAUAUUUAAAUUUUACAUGCUCUUAAACCUUCUGAUCCUUAGUUACUCUUUCAGAGCCUCUUAAAAUACUCUGGCACACGAAGAAGGAAUUAGUAGUUAUAUUUGGUGCUAUGUAAGCAUGUAAGCAGAGAGGUGCUCCACCCUCUGGGGGAUGGUCAGGGCUGGGUGGGGAGGGUGGUGUCAGUUGAGAAGUCUUUGAGAGCAGCCCUCAUGUACCUAAGACUGAAUUUUUUUAAGCCCCCCCCCCCCCCGGUGCAGCUUGCAAUUAUGCUCCAGGUCUGACUUUGCCACACCUCUUUGCAGGAUUAGUGCAAUCUCUUGUUUCCCCUGUGAGGAAAACCAUUCUGAGACACUUUGAAGAAUGCUCUCGGGCCGGGGCCCAGGGUUCCUGGGAGUUCCCUGGGUUUCAAACCUUUGCUUAAGGCCACUUGUAGAAACCACUGAAUUCACGAAGAAUAACCCAGAAGUUUAGGAAACAGGAGGACUGCCUGUUUUUAAACUAGCUGGAAGUGUUGUAGCUUUUCUCCAGAUGGUGCAGAAACGCUGCACUACUUUGUUUCAAGAAUGACGGGAUCGCAACACAGGCUUCUAAAAUAGCCCUCGAACUCACAGACUAACAUCUUCAUUUAUCUUUAAGUAUGAAUCUUCAGCAAAAGAGCAAAAAUAACCACUUUGACUUAAGGUCCCAGUAUCUUCCUCCCAUAUGUGACAUACUCGGGGGAGGACAGUACAAUCAGCUGAGCUCUAAGUUUAGAACAGAACUGCACGGUACUGCUGCACAGCACGGUGUGUUAAGCUGUGAAGACAGACUGCACACGCGGGACUUCCCUUGUGCACGUGUGUGGGUUGGGCCUCAGCGGGUGGUCCUCACAUACAGGGAAGUGUUAUUAAUUUGGGACUUACAAUACUUCAGCAAGAACUGAAGGAUCCUUUCUGAGGAGAGUUGAUAGACAUGUACAUUCAGGGUAUGUCAUGCAGUCAUUAUGCUACUCACAAAACAUUUGGGCCACCCUGGGGCCGAGUGGUUAAGUUCGCGUGCUCCGCUUUGGCGGCCCAGGGUUUCGCAGGUUUGGAUCCUGGGCGCGGACCUGGCACCGCUCAUCAGGCCACGCUGAGGUGGCAUCCCACAUAGGGGCAGAGGCAGGCACAACUAGAAUAUACAGCUAUAUACUGGGGGACUUUGGGGAGAAGAAGAAGAAGAAAGAAAACCAUGCAAGUGUGUGCGGAUAGCAUCUCAUUCAGCAUGUCUAUCCAUACUAAUAUAGCUUUGAUUGUCUAAAUUUUUAGGUUUAGUAUACAUAUAUUAUUUAUUAAUUUACAAAUAAACAAUUUAUUAAAUGUUUGAUUAAGAA